ACUGUCACGGACUCGGGCCACGUUUGAAAACAUGGAUACACUUUCCCGUGAACGUCUGGGACUUGUUCUUCUUCUGGUCCUUCACCUCUCCACGGUGUCCACGCAGAUGCCGACAGCUCACAUGGGGCGCGCUGAGAAGGGAAGUUGCACAUUCGAUGAGGGCUUCACUCAGUGUGAUUACCAGCAAGAUCCCUACGAUGACUUCGACUGGACACACAUCAACACCCAGGAUGUGCCCUACGUGUCACCGCACCUGCCACAUGGUUCCUUCAUGUACGUGGACGUCUCUCAGUACGACGUGGGCGAAAAGGCCCGAUUCCAGCUGCCGGUCAUGAAGGAGAACGACACCCACUGCAUCGACUUCAACUAUCUGCUCAGCAGCCCUGACGGCUCCAGCCCUGGCACCCUGAACGUUCUGGUGAAGGUGAACAAGGGUCCUUUGGCCAACCCCAUAUGGAACGUGACGUCCUACACCGGUAAAGACUGGCUGAGGGCUGAACUGGCUGUUUCCACCUUUUGGCCAAAUGAAUAUCAGGUCAUAUUUGAGGCGGAGGUGUCGGACAGCAAAGCCGGCUUCAUCGCCAUCGAUGACAUCCAGGUGCUCAGCUACCCGUGCGAUAAAUCCCCUCAUUUUCUGCGUCUCGGGGACGUGGAGGUGAACGCCGGACAGAACGCCACUUUCCAGUGUAUCGCCACGGGACGAGAGACGUCCAACAACAAGCUCUGGCUGCAGAGGAGAAACGGAGAAGAUAUUCCCGUGGCUCUGACCAAGAACAUCAACCACCGACGCUUUGCCGCCUCCUUCCACCUGAAGGAGGUCACCGGUCAGGACCAGGACUUGUACCGCUGCGUCACCCAAUCGGAGCGCGGCUCAGGGGUGUCCAACUUCGCAGGGCUCAUCGUCAGAGAGCCUCCGCACCCCAUCGCCCCCCCUCAGCUGCUGGGCGUCGGCCCGACCUACCUCCUGAUUCAACUCAACGCCAACUCCAUAUUUGGAGAUGGACCUAUUAUCCUGAAAGAGGUCGAGUACCGUAUGACAUCCGGCAGCUGGAUCGAGACUCACGCCGUCAACUCUCCCAACUACAAGCUGUGGCAUCUGGACCCGGACACGGAGUACGAGAUCCGAGUGUUGCUGACCCGACCGGGAGAGGGAGGGACGGGCAAAUCGGGACCACCGCUCAUCACCAGGACCAAAUGUGCAGAACCCAUGAGAACCCCCAAGAAGCUGAAGAUCGCAGAGACCAGGUCCCGUAUGAUCGCCGUGGACUGGGAGUCACUGGGCUACAACAUCACCCGCUGUCACACCUUCAACGUCACCAUCUGUUACCAUUACAUGACGUCCAGCAACCGCAGCAAGGCCGACUGCCUGGACAUGGACCCUAAAGCACCACGCCACCUGGUGGGAAACCUGCCGCCCUACACCAACGUCAGCCUGAAGAUGAUCCUCACCAAUCCAGAGGGACGGAAAGAGAGCGACGAGACCGUCAUUCAAACUGAUGAAGAUGUUCCAGGUGCAGUUCCCAGUCAGUCGCUGAAGGCCACUCCAUAUGAAGACAGAAUUCUGCUCUACUGGAAGGAGCCGACUGAACCCAAUGGAAUCAUCAUACAAUACGAGAUCAGCUACAUCAGCAUCCGUUCCUUCGACCCCUCGGUGCCUCUGCAGCGGCCGGGUCUCACGGCGUCUCUGCCCUCCAACGCCACCAACCACCUGUUCCCCCAGCUCCACCCGGGCGUCACGUACCAUCUCUCUAUACGAGCGUCCACCUCCAAAGGAUUCGGUCCCGCAACCACGCUCAACGUGACCACCAACAUCUCAGCCCCGACAAUAGACGAGUACGACGGGUCGGAGGCUUUUCUGAAUGAAACUGCCACAACCAUCACUGUCCUGCUCAAACCUGCGCAGGCCAAGGGAGCUCCUAUAAGUGCGUACCAGAUUGUGGUGGAGGAGGUGAAUCCUCAGCGGACUCGACGCCAAGCUUCCUCCGACUGUUACGAGGUCCCAGUGUCCUACCACAGUGCGUCCAGUGGUGGAUCUCCGUAUUAUUAUGCCGCCCAGCUUUCCCCCAGCAGCCUGCCUGAGCCGCUCCCCUUCACUGUGGGCGACAACAAGACGUAUCAGGGUUUCUGGAAUCCUCCGCUGGCUCCGAGGAAGAACUACAACAUCUACUUUCAGGCCGUUAGCAGCACAGAGCGGGAAACUAAAACCCAGUGUCUGAGGCUGGCGACUAAAGGUGCCACCGAGGAGCCGGAAGUCAUCCCCGACCCGGCUAAACAGACGGACCGGGUGGUAAAGAUCGCUGGGAUCAGUGCGGGGGUUCUCGUCUUUAUUCUGCUGGUGUUGGUAGCCAUCCUAUUGGUCAAGAAAAGGAGGACCUACUAUUCAUACUCUUAUUACCUGAAACUGGCCAAAAAACGUAAGGACGCCAUCGGAACCACACGGCAGGAAAUGACGCACAUGGUGAACGCCAUGGAUCGCAGCUACGCCGACCAGAGCACUCUGCACGGAGAAGACCCGAUGGCCGUCACGUUCAUGGACUCGCACAACUACAACAACAGAUUGCCCAACGACCCUCUGGUUCCUACCGCUGUGUUAGUUCCGAUCACAGAUGAGAACCACAGCGCCUCGGCAGCGGAGAACAGCCGGCUCCUGGAUGUUCCUCGGUAUCACUGCGAAGGCACCGAGUCUCCUUAUCAGACGGGGCAGCUCCACCCGGCCAUCAGAGUGGCCGACCUCCUGCAGCACAUCAACCUGAUGAAAACCUCCGACAGCUACGGCUUUAAGGAGGAGUAUGAAAGCUUCUUCGAGGGCCAGUCGGCCUCCUGGGACGUCGCCAAGAAGGAGCAGAACCGCACCAAGAACCGCUACGGGAACAUAAUAGCAUAUGACCACUCGAGGGUUAUUCUUCAGCCCAUCGAAGACGACCCCUCCUCCGACUACAUCAACGCCAACUACAUCGAUGUAAGUGGAAACGCAUCGAAUGCUACUAUUGGCUCCCAACGAAACCAACGAAACCACACCCCCUCGCUCAUUUGGCUGUACAGGGAUGGCUACCAGAGGCCAAGUCACUACAUCGCUACUCAAGGUCCUGUUCAUGAGACUGUGUACGACUUCUGGAGGAUGGUGUGGCAGGAGCAGUCCGCCUGCAUCGUAAUGGUGACCAACCUGGUGGAGGUGGGAAGGGUCAAGUGCUAUAAGUAUUGGCCCGAUGAUGCCGAGGUGUUCGGAGACUUCAAGGUGACGUUUGUGGAGGUGGAGCCUCUCGCUGAGUAUGUGGUUCGCACCUUUACACUGGAGAGGCGUGGGUUCAAUGAGGUCCGUGAAGUCAAGCAGUUCCACUUCACAGGCUGGCCUGAUCACGGAGUUCCAUAUCACGCCACGGGACUACUUUCCUUCAUCCGCAGGGUUAAGAUCUCCAACCCACCAUCUGCUGGUCCGAUUGUGGUCCACUGCAGUGCUGGAGCAGGGCGGACCGGCUGCUUCAUAGUCAUUGACAUCAUGUUGGACAUGGCGGAGAGAGAGGGCGUGGUCGACAUCUACAACUGUGUGAAGGCUCUUCGCUCCCGGAGGAUCAACAUGGUACAGACUGAGGAGCAGUACAUAUUCAUCCAUGACGCCAUACUAGAGGCGUGUCUAUGUGGAGAAACAGCCAUCCCAGUGUGCGAGUUCAAAGCUGCUUUUUAUGAGCUGAUCCGGAUCGACUCCCAGACCAACUCGUCACACAUAAAGGACGAGUUCCAGACUCUGAACUCGGUGACUCCGCAGCCGCAGCCCGAAGACUGCAGCAUCGCGUUGUUGCCUAGAAACCAAGACAAGAACCGCUUCAUGGACGGCCUCCCCCCCGACCGGUGCCUCCCCUUCCUCAUCACGAUAGACGGAGAGAGCAGCAACUACAUCAACGCCGCGCUCAUGGAUCUGUCAGAAGAGUUCCAGAGCUACCGGCAGCCGGCUGCGUUCAUCGUUACCCAGCAUCCUCUGCCCAACACCGUCAAGGACUUCUGGCGUCUGGUCUACGACUAUGGAUGUACCAGUCUGGUGAUGCUGAACGAGAUCGACCUGGCUCAGGGUUGUCCUCAGUACUGGCCUGAGGAGGGCAUGCUGCGCUACGGCCCCGUCCAGGUGGAGUGUAUGUCCUGCUCCAUGGACUGUGACAUCAUCAGUCGCCUCUUCAGAGUCUGCAACCUCACCAGGCCUCAGGAAGGCUACCUGAUGGUCCGUCAGUUCCAGUACCUGGGGUGGGCGGGGCACAGAGAAGUCCCCGCCUCCAAGCGCUCCUUCCUGAAACUGAUCCUGCAGGUGGACCAGUGGCAGCGCGAGGGGGAGGAGGGGGAGGGAAGGACCAUCGUGCACUGCCUAAACGGAGGCGGGCGCAGCGGCGUGUUCUGUGCCAGCAGCAUCGUGUGUGAGAUGGCCAAGAGGCAGAGCGUGGUGGACGUCUUCCACGCCGUGAAGACGCUGAGGAACAGCAAGCCCAACAUGGUGGACACGCCGGAACAGUAUCGGUUCAGCUACGACCUGGCGCUGGAGUUCAUGGAGUCGUCCUAAAUGAGAGAGAGAUGAGGAGGAGGAGGAGGAGGAGGAGGAGGAGGAGGAGAGCGAGAGAACAUCCUAUCAUCUCCCUCGUCUUUGAUCCCCCAUCCUCCCUCCCUUUCUCUCUCUCUCUCUCUCUGUUCUGUUCCAUCCAUCCUACACACGGCAGAAGAGAAACCGGCUCCUUGUCCAGUGUUGGUAAACAAAGGGAAACAGGAGGAGCAGCAGCAGCGGAGGAGGAGGAGGUGACCUCCCUCCUUUUUACUCCUUCAUGCUUAGUGUACAGCUUUUUUGAGUGCCAGCGGGGCCCCUGUAUGUUCGGGGCUCCAUUUAAAUGUUAAGCGUUUCACCACGACUGCCCCCCCCCAACCCCACCCCUCCUCGCAUGGACUCGAAGCCUCAUGCCGUUUCAGCUGCAGUACUCCUUUUGUCCUGUAGACUUCUCCCCCGUCUCCCCCCCCCGUGCAAGAGGCCUCCACAGCUUGUCGAAAUAACUGAAACUUUCCAGCGGCUGAUUUCGGCCAAAUUUCAAGUUUUUUGUUUUCUGCUCCUUUCAGCCGCAGCUUCAUCGUCCGCUCGUGUUACGUUUCUGCUCCGAAUAUUAAUAUGUGUUUGAGUAUUUAACAGCCACUUUGUACCCAUUAUACUUUGGUUACACGCAGAUACACAGUAAAAGAGACAAAUAUUAUAUACUUUUGCCUUUUUAGAUAAAGAAGAAACGAGACUGUCGACAGAUCAAAAAACAACAGGUUUACAUGAGUAUUAGGCUGUUAGAGUGUUUUAUUUUAUUUUACAAUAUCAUGAAGUGGCAACUUGAAAAAUGUAGGAUCUUCACAAAAAUGUAUAAAAAAGAAAGUGUGAUAUGUACCAUCGGUUUCUGUUGAUUGCUUUUUUAUGUUAUCAUUUAUGGAUCUACUGGAUGGAAGCGUCCAUGUCGUCUUUGUUCCCCCAGAAAAUGUCCGAAUCAGAAAACUUGAGAUUGAUCAUGUUUGCUUCAGGGCUGGGCCCAAUGCACUUUCAAUUCAGCCAAUUCACAAAUGGGAUCAUUUUUUCAGAAACGCAAACAUAAAUAUGAGAAACGUGAAACUGAGGAUUAAUUUUCCAUUUAUGGUUUGAAGAGAAUUAGAAGUGACCCCAGGCUUCAUUCAUUUUGUGCACUGGUGGCCAACACGUAGUAUUUUUUCUCGUUAUGUUUUACUUUGCAGCUGAUGUUUAUUCAUAAGCCAAAGACUUUGUGUAAAUAUGUCUAUAUGGAUAAAGCACAUUGUUUGUAUUUAUUGUUUGUUUACCUGCAUUGCUUGUAAGAACAAUCAUUCUUCAUUCCAUGUUUACUCUACCAGCAGCGUUUCUUAAACCCGAGGGUCACGACCCAAACUGGGCUGCGAGUCUGUCUCCUCCGGCGCCUAACUGGGAUUUCACGGUUCCCAGAGGUUCGAGGCGACUUCCGCUCAAUUUGCGUCCGUGAAGAAGAGUUUAAGAGCCGCUGAUCGAAGCUGUAUAUUCAAGCAUAGAAGUAGUUUUUCAGUAUUUAGGUGGAGUUCAGUAGUAUUGUCUUAUUGAAUCUCUGUGACGUUAACGUGGUUUCUUUGUGUAAAAAGCCCAUCGCUCUGUUCGUGGUCAGUAGAACAUCAAGAGUGUUUUGGAUAACAGCUGCGCUCCCCUCUGAACGUGUUGGUCGGGAUGAGCUGUUUAUCUUCACCGUCAUGCUCCCUGGAUACACACUGACUCCGUGAUGCAACACAGGCUUAGUGAGCGAAACGUGAAGGACUGUGACACAAAAAGAGAGUUAAAAGAAAAAGACAUUAUUGUGCCUGAUCCUUUGGAUUUCCAUGUUGAAACAAGCAUUUUACCAGCGUCAUGGACGAUCAUCGUUUGACCCUUUUUCCUCAGUGUGUUUUAUUCAUCUGAUUUACUUCUUUGUGAGGCUCACUGAAUACCAGAUGUGUUUCUGUUUUGUUUUGCAACAUGAUACAGAAGAAAAAAAGAACUUUAUUGUAAAUAACAAAUGUUAGACGUUCCGCUCGGUUGGAACCAGAGAAGCUCUGCUCGCACGGAUGUUAUUGUAAAUAGAGAAACACGAGGACCCUAAAGAGGCUCCAUUGUUUAGAGAUGUAGACGAUGGAUUCAAUGUCAGGACAUUUGUUCUGUUGUAGAUACAAAAAAAGAAAACGUCAGAGAUUGUACACCUGGAGGAUUCAGCUUAAAAAAAGAAAAAACUAACUUUGACAGAUGUUUAAAACUUGAUCCUGUCGGUAGAACAUCCACUUUCUGUUUGGGUUUUUUUUUUUUUUAAUUUCCUCCAGAUUUCUGAUCUGACCCAAAGAAGGGAAAGAAAAAUGUAGAGGCCAUAACAUAACGUUGCUGCAGUCGUACUUUGCCUUCAGUGGUUGAGCCGUGUGGACACGAAGCUGAGGUCCGUCUUCAUCGCAUGCAGAGAGAAAAGCGAAGCCGGCGUCAGUGACAAGAAAUCAAACAGUUUAAAGGGAAAAGUGAAAAGUGAGGAUUAGAACAGACGAUUCCUCCUCAGUGAAACAUGAGGUCAUGGCCCCGGGAGGAGACGUCUGGAUGAGAGGCCAGUCUGAGUGUUAAAGUGAUAUUCAUGGUUCAUAAUUAUUCUUGUCUGUAAUGUUUGGCUUCUUUGCUGUAAUAAAGACCACUUCUUUAAUUAAAAGAAA